UAGUUGUGAUUCGUUUGUUUCAGUGUCAGUUUUAGUCUUUAUAACUAUAGUUGUAUGGAGGGCAUAUGCUGGAGGCAACAUUUAGUAUGAGUAUUACAAAAUAAUAGAAAGUCUGAGAGCAGUUGACCCACAGUACAGCGCCAAAGCGUCAUCAGGCAAGUUAUGAUGACAAACUUUAUAAACAAGUACUCAAACUAAAGAUAUUUUCUCUAUAGUUUUAUUCUGCUUUAGGGUUCCAAGUUCUAAAAAAAAAAGUUUCUAUUAUUUGUAUGUAUUUUUUAAUGUUUGGGUGCUAAAAUGUUUGGUCACGUUUAGUUUUAGUUAAUUCAUAUACAUACACACAUACAUACAUAUUCACACUUUUACAACCAAUGCCAGGAGCUUGGAACUCCUUGGAGUGGAGCCACAUGAUUGUUUUCUGUGAACCUACAGUAAAAAGUCACAACAGACCAUGCAUUCAAAAAGUACAUGUUAGGUUUUUGUAUGAACGACUUUUUUUGUCCUGGCUGUGUGAUGUUGUUACCAGCAUCAUGUGAAGCGAAAUACCAUGGCGGAUAAAGGAAUCACAAAUUAAUCUAACAUGCAUUUCUUUGGUCUGUGGGAGGAACCUGGAGUACCCGGAGAGAACCCAUGCAAACACGGCAUGGGAAGAUCAUGGGAAUAGACAAACCCAAGCCAGAUGGUGGAUUUAAACCAAGGACCUUCCCAAUUCAUUAUUUGGGAUGAAAUAUCCCUGUAAUCUAAGACAGACUGACAGGCAUUGAUUCCUUUUAUGAAACCUAGUUUAAUUCUUUUAUUUUGAGCCAGAUAUUAAACACGAAUCUUAAAUAAAUUUGUGAUAUCAAACCACGUUUCUAUGUACUUGAAAGACUCUCCAUAAAUAAAAUGGGUGUUAAUUAAAGUUUCCAUUGCAGGCUUUUCAGGGUCACAGAGGUGAAGGCUGCCAUGUACCUUUUCUUUUUCUGCAUUUAAAGUUUAUUGUUAAGUAGUAUUAAUAGGAAUAUAAAAAAUAUCUUUGAUGCGGCCAUGCAGGAGUUUUUCACAUAUAGACACUUGACAUACCUGCUACCUUUAUCAUUGUGUAAAUCCUCCUUGCUGUGUUUAUGAUCCAGACAUGCAGUUUGCAUUUUCUACCUGGUUCUGCGUGCACUGGACACAGUGGAGGAUGACAUGACCAUUCCUCUGGACAAGAAGGUUCCCAUGCUCAAUGACUUCCACACCUUCCUGUACCAGGAUGAGUGGUGCUUCACGGAGAGCCAGGAGAAAGAUCGUCAGGUCCUGGAAGACUUCCCAACGAUAUCGCUGGAAUUCAGAAACCUCGCUCAGGAAUACAGAGACGUCAUCUCGGAUAUCUGCCACCGUAUGGGAGUGGGAAUGGCUGAAUUCCUGGAGAAGAAAGUGGGAUCUAUGAAGGAGUGGGACCAGUAUUGUCACUAUGUUGCCGGUCUAGUCGGCAUUGGCCUGUCCCGGCUGUUCUCUGCGUCUCAGCUGGAGGACCCUGAAGUUGGGCGGGACACUGAACUUGCGAACUCCAUGGGCCUGUUUCUCCAAAAGACUAACAUCAUCCGAGACUAUCUAGAGGACACACAAGAGGGACGUGCCUUCUGGCCACAAGAGGCUUGGAGCCAGUUUGCAGGCCGUCUUGAGGAUUUGGCCCAGCCUGAGAAGCUGGAGUCGGCGCUGUCCUGUCUCAACCUGCUGGUCACUGAUGCUCUGCGUCACGUCCCGGAUGUUAUUGCCUACCUGUCCCGCCUGCGCAACCAGAGCGUCUUUAAUUUCUGUGCCAUUCCACAGGUGAUGGCAAUAGCUACACUGUCAACGUGCUACAACAACCCCAUGGUGUUUCAGGGAGUGGUGAAGAUCCGAAAAGGGCAGGCAGUCACUCUCAUGAUGGAAGCCACCAAUAUGAGUGCUGUGCAGACAAUUAUCUCCCAGUACAGCCAGGAGAUAUUACACAAGGUGUCCCUCACCGACCCGUCUCGGGAAAAGACGCUCCACAUCCUGGCUGUAAUCCGUGAAAAGUCCGCCCUGUCGCAGUCCAGCCUCCGCUCCAGGACCCACCACCUGUCGCCCAUGUACCUUUCUGCUGCUAUGGUGCUCGCUGCCCUCAGCUGGCAGUACCUUAGCACUACAGCGGCACAGGCCCAAGGCACCAGUGACAUGCAGAGACCUUGAACUAAUUUAACCCCCACCUUUCCUGAGCCUCUAUACUAAAGAAGCCCCUGUGCCCCCUCUGAAGGUCUGGUUCUAGAGGAAUUUACAGAUUCACUGUGGCUGUUACAGGAUGAUGGACACUCUAAAGUAUGGCUCUGUUAGCAGGCUGGUGUCAUUAAAUGAUUUGAUCUGUAGCAGUCCAUCCUGUGUCUAGAUGAAUUACAUACACACAUUGGUGUGUGUGGGUAUAUUUGCCAUAAAUGGUACACUUCCACAGUUCAGGGUGUGUUGUUUGUUUUUUUGUUUUUGUUUUUGUUUUUGUUUUUUUUUUUGUGGGGGGUUACCAACAACCACCACCACUUGUUCAAUCUUCUUUUUUUCUUUCUUUUCUCAUAUCACAUCAAACCUAGCUCCAUAUUCCAUUUAUGUUUCUCUAGCAGAGACACUAAAAAGUUACAUUGGUGCGCUCUGCAGCGUUUCUGCUGUAUGUUCGACGGCUUCCAAUCACAGUAGAACCUUUUCGGUCCUUUUCUGUGUGUUAAUCUGUUUCAUCGUUGUUGUUUUUUUUUUUUUUUUUUUUUUAAAUUAAGGAAAAACAAUUAUGUGCAAUAUCAGGGUAGAUUUUAUUACAGAUGAAAAGGGGAAAAUGGAUGUAUUUUCAGGUCCUUUUUAGCAUCAGCAAAAGAGGGAAGAAAAAGGCAUACUGAGACUGCUAGCUAAGUGUCCUUAACACUGCUUUGGUGCGUUGAAAGGCUAGCACAGAGUAACUUUGUACAGAACCAAAGGAGAGCUAAAAACAUUGCUAUGUAAUGUGACAUUUUUGAUUUGUACAUAUUUGAAGAAAUAAAUAACAAUUAAUCCAG